AUGAGGACAGGGACCAUGGAUCGAGGACAGGGCGCUCUGGCAAAGCGGCACGACCUCCACAGCCCAUCACCGCUCUUCCCGCAUUCCCGCCUUCCCGCCUUUGGCCAUUCCCAGUGUCCGCCCACCCUACCUGGGGCCCGGAACCCCGGCCGGUUCACAGCAUCGCGCAUGCGCGCGUGCUCCGGGCCGCCCGAAGGAAAAGGGCGGGGCCGAGGGGCCAAACCCACGGGGGGAGGGGCGGCGCCGGUCACUCAGGCGUUGGGCUCCGUUUCGGUUUCACUUCCGGUGAGGGGCCGCCUCGGAGGAGCUGGUGGUGGAAGUGCGGGGCUCCAGUGGCGCUUUCUACAAGGUACUUGGCUCUUGGGCAGGCCCCAUCGUCAGCCUCCCUUCCCUCCCUUUUCUUCUCUGCCUCGGCGGGAGGCAGGCCUGGGGCCCUCUUCCCGAGCCUGGCGCCCAAGGGCCGGGGCGCGCUCAGCGGGAUCUUGUUCGGUAGGGAAGGUCUGGACUCGGGGCCUGCAGGAUGCCCCUGAGUUCCGCUCCUUCUCCUGCGAGAGGCCCCGGCGCCUGGAGGAAGGAGAAACGGACGGGGAGAAGGCUCCCUUUCGGGCCAAAGCCGCCCUGCCAGGGAGAGCUGGGGGUGGGCCCGGCGGGCGGCAGGUACAAGAUCCCGGCGGAAAGGGCCAGAAUUCGCGCGAAGUGACGUCCAGCAUUCGGAUUUCGGAGAGCUCCGCUGUUCUGGAUGUUCAUGAAGAUUCAAUAACAGUUGCAUUUGAAAACAACUGGCAGCCAGAGAGGCAGAUUCCAUUCCAUGAUGUGAGAUUCCCCCCACCUGUAGGUUAUAAUAAAGAUAUAAAUGAAAGUGAUGAAGUUGAGGUUUAUUCCAGAGCAAAUGAAAAAGAGCCUUGCUGUUGGUGGUUAGCUAAAGUCAGGAUGAUAAAGGGUGAGUUUUACGUGAUAGAGUAUGCAGCAUGUGAUGCUGCAUACAAUGAAAUUGUCACAAUUGAACGUUUACGAUCCGUGAAUCCCAACAAACCUGCCACAAAAGAUACUUUCCAUAAGAUCAAACUGGAAGUGCUAGAAGACUUACGACAAAUGUGUGCCAAACAAUCGGCACAUAAGGACUUUAAAAAGGCAGUUGGCACCUUUUCUGUAACUUAUGAUCCAGAAAAUUAUCAGCUUGUCAUUUUGUCCAUCAAUGAAGUCACCUCUAAGCGAGCACAUAUGCUGAUUGACAUGCACUUUCGGAGUCUGCACACUAAGUUGUCUCUGAUACUGAGAAAUGAGGAAGCCAGUAAGCAGCUGGAGAGUUCAAGGCAACUUGCCUCAAAGUUUCACGAACAGUUUAUCGUACGCGAAGAUCUGAUGGGUCUAGCUGUUGGUACACAUGGUGCUAAUAUUCAGCAAGCUAGAAAAGUACCUGGGGUCACUGCUAUUGAUCUAGAUGAAGAUACCUGCACAUUUCACAUUUAUGGAGAGGACCAGGAUGUGGUGAAAAAGGCUAGAAGCUUUCUUGAGUUUGCUGAAGAUGUUAUACAAGUUCCAAGGAACUUAGUAGGCAAAGUAGUAGGAAAAAAUGGAAAACUGAUUCAGGAGAUGGUAGACAAGUCAGGAGUUGUAAGAGUGAGAAUUGAGGCUGAGAAUGAGAAAAAUGUUGCACAAGAAGAGAUAUGUUACAGUACAUGUGAAAUCAGGCCACUGAAUUCCCUACCUUCCGAUAAUUCAAGGGUUGGACCUAAUCCCUUGGAAGAAAAGAAUCAUUUAGAUACAAAGGAAAACAGCACCCAUUUUUCUCAACCUAACAGUACAAAAGUCCAGAGGGUGUUAGUGGUUUCAUCGAUUGUAGCAGGGGAAUCCCAGAAACCUGAACUCAAGGUUUGGCAGGGUAUGGUACCAUUUGUUUUUGUGGGAACAAAGGACAGCAUCACUAAUGCCACCGUUCUUUUGGAUUAUCACCGGAACUAUUUAAAGGAAGUAGACCAGUUGCAUUUGUAGAGAUUACGAAUUGAUGAGCAGUUGCGACAGAUUGGAGCUAGUUCUAGACCACCACCAAAUCGUACAGAUAAGGAAAAAGGCUAUGUGACUGAUGAUGGUCAAGGAAUGGGUCGAGGUAGUAGACCUUACAGAAAUAGGGGGCACGGCAGACGCGGUCCUGGAUAUACUUCAGGAUCUAAUUCUGAAGCAUCAAAUGCUUCUGAAACAGAAUCUGACCACAGAGAUGAACUCAGUGAUUGGUCAUUAGCUCCAACAGAGGAAGAGAGGGAGAACUUCCUGCUCAGAGGAGAUGGACGACGGCGUGGAGGCGGAGGAAGAAGACAGGGAGUGAGAGGUCGUGGAGGAGGCUUCAAAGGAAACGAGGAUCAUUCCCGAACAGAUAAUCGUCCACGCAAUCCAAGAGAGGCUAAAGGAAGAACAGCGGAUAGAUCCCUUCAGAUCAGAGUUGACUGCAAUAAUGAAAGGAGUGUCCACACUAAAACAUUACAGAAUACCUCCAGUGAAGGUAAUCGACUGCGCAGGGGUAAAGAUCGUAACCAGAAGAAGGAAAAGCCAGACAGCGUGGAUGGUCAGCAACCACUCGUGAAUGGAGUACCCUAAACUGCAUAAUUCCGAAGUUAUAUUUCCUAUACCAUUUCUGUAAUUCUUAUUCCAUAUUAGAAAAUUUUGUUAGGCCAAAGACAAAUAGUAGGCAAGAUGGCGCAGGGCAUGAAAUGAACACAAAUUCUGUUAAGACUUAAAUUUUUUUGGUAUUGGCCAUAAGCAACAAUUUUCGGAUUUGCACAAAUAAAAUCUUGAAUUUUGAAACCUUGCUUUUAUGUAUACUUAGCUCUUCAGGACAGGAUUUUAGUUUGUUUCAUUUUUUAAAGUACUGAGCAGUGAUACUAUGUUAAUUUGGAACAUUUUCCUGAAUUUUGGGUGAUAGCUCACCAGUACAUUUCAGUUUUCCUGAAUAAAUAGCAUUUAUGGUAA